GCGUCGCCAGCCACAGACGGUGAGCUACAGCAGGUAGUCCUCCGGAAGCAGCUCUUGAAUCAGGAGUGAAAGAGGGUUAUACGUCGUGUUCCUUUAUCCGGUCACUGAACUCGCACACACCUGCUUGGGUGCCUUCUACGCAAUGCCACCCCCGCCACCACGCCCCCCAUCCUACCUCCAACCCGGCCUUCUCUCGGCGGGGUCCACGAUGUAAGGAGCCAGAAACCCCGAUUAUUUUUAGUCAGUCGGCAGCCCGCACCCAGGCAAGAGCUGCGCCACUACAACCUGUGAGAGUCGGUGACACGAUUCGAUCCCAGAAGGAAAUGUUAUGAUGUAAACCGAAGUGAGAGCAAGGGGGUCACGACACACUUCCGAUGCAGAGUGAAGGUGACGCAACUUCAUCUCGCGAGGGCAGCAAGGUCGCCCGUGUAAUUCGAUGUUACUGAACGACGGAUUUUCCCCCGACCGCGUAAAACGUUAGGCGCGGGAAUUACAGGAUCGUUUCAGUUCUUGUAAUUCGACUCAUUGGAAAGCAAUAAAAGCCCUUGGUAUCGUCUCCUAAUCGACCGUGACCGCAGAAGGAAACUAGCUUCUGAAGAAGGCGCACCGCCCGAGCUCCUCCCAGCACCCAGUGAUCAUUUUCAACCGAGAAAGCCGUGAAAGCCGUUUCUUUUAAAUCCAACGAGAAAUUUAAUCAACUGAAGAACCAUGACAGGAGAAGCGACAACGUCCCUCAGCCCAACCGCCCGCGUGGGUCCUGCCAAGGCGUCCCUGCUGCCGCUGCUGGACGACGCCUUCGCGCAGCUCAAAGUGCCGUCCUUCAUCCACGUGAACCUGGACGCCGUGGCCCACAACGUCGAUGUUCUCAAGGGCCUUUCUUCAGCUCAUACAGAGAUUAUGGGUGUUGUGAAGGGCGGUGCUUACGGCUCGGGUCUCCUGCCGGUGGUGGAAGUCCUCCUGGAGAAGGGCGUGAAGGAAUUGUCGGUUGCCACAGUGGCCGAGGGGGUCUACUUGCGCAGGCAUGGGAUACAGGUCCCUAUUACUGUCCUAGGCAACCUACUGCCAUGUGAAGUGAGCGACGUGACGCAGCAUCAUCUCAUUCCGUCCCUCAGCUGGUCUCAAGCCCUGACCUCAGUACCCCGUGAGGCCUUAGUGUAUCCAGACGGCUCGAGACUCAAAGUGGCCAUCAACAUCGACACGGGAAUGUCUCGCUACGGCGUCCAACCCGAAGACCUUCCCGCGCUGGUGCAAGAGCUGGACGACCUCGAAGUCAGCAUCUACUCCCUGUACACGCACUUCCAGUCCGCCAUCACGGAGAGGGAGAAGAACCGCAAACAGCUCGAUCUCUUUCUCGAAGCUUCGGAACCUUUCACGUCCCGUGGUAUUAGUCGACAUGUGGCAGCUACAACAGGAUGUGUGCAAGACCUUGGGACUGACUUGGACUUCAUAAGACCCGGCGGGGCUAUCACAGGCUUAUGUUCAGGCAGCGACCGAGAAGGAACGGAGCAGUUCGCAAUGAAAGGCUUCCAACCUGCGUUCUCCGUGGUUGCUAGGCCUACCUUCUACAAGCUCCUGAAGGCGGGACGAGACAUCGGCUACGACGGAACAUACACCACUUCCGAAGACGAGUGGAUCGCCAACUUCACCACAGGAUGGUCAGAUGGUCUCAGUCGACGUCUUAGCAAUUUCGUCGGUGCGGUCAAGAGAGUUAACACAGGUGAACGGUGCCCCAUCGUGGGUCGAGUGUCCAUGGACUCCAUCACCGUCCGCCUCCCUGAAGAGCCAUCCCCCGGCGAGGUGUUCCAAGUCCUCACCGAUGACUUCGACGACGUGACUUCGGCGGUGGGCAUGGCGAGGAACCUCGGCGGCGCCACCUACGAGAUGCCCGGAAACUGGUCCACUCGGCUGCCUCGCCUCUACACUCGCAACGGGAAGAUCGUCAGGAUUUGCCCGAGCCUUGAGUACACGUGCUGAGGGAUUUCCGGGAGAAGGAGGCCUCUUCUGUAUAGCGGGGAUGGCGAUUGAUAGCGAUGGUUGUGAACCGAUGGCAGCAUGUUGGUCAGUCAUGUGUGUGUGUGUGUGGGGGGGGUCAGAAAGAAUAUGAUUAUCCAUCAUCAGAGUUGUCGUAGGCAGACAACAAAACGAUAAAGGGUAAUUUUAGAGGUCACUGUAAGCCUCAUAGGCUGGUUGGUACAGUAAAAAUGCAAAUUUAUGCAAAUAUAUAUAUAUAUAUAUAUAUAUAUAUAUAUAUAUAUAUAUAUAUAUAUAUAUAUAUAUAUAUAUAUAUAUAUAUAUAUAUAGUCUUUUUUUUAGAAAAGUCGGGUGAGUCACGGCCCCAACCCCCACGUAUUAAUGCGUAGUAGUCGAUAUCAAUGAUAUUAACACAACAGCACUUUUAAUAGUAACAUAAGGAAAUGAUCGGAUGGUGCUGGUUAUCACAGCAUUCAUUUUUCACUUUUCGUUAUUUACUUCCUUUCCUCUUUUGAUAGUUUUUCCUUCCCUUAUAAUAUUCAAGAUCCAAAAUUCUUUGCACUUCACUUGCAUUUAUAUCAAGUUCCAUUUUCUGUAACAGAACUUUUACCACCACAACUCAGAAACGAUAUAAACAUAGGAUAGUCCCUCUUAGAUAAAUAGCAUGAAUUUAGUUUAAUUAGUGAAUGCGCCGAAAUAUGAU